AAAAAAAAAUAUACCUGUUGUAGCUUCAUCUAGAUUACAAAGAUGGGCAAUCAUAUUAUCAAGUUAUCAGUACGAGAUUCAUCAUAAAAAAAGAGUCGAGAUAAGUAAUGUAGAUGCAUUAUCAAGACUUCCGCCAUGCAGUGAAACUGAGGAAAAUUCUGGUUCAAUUUUGUUAUUAGAAAAUCUACCUUUAACGUAUAAGGAUGUGAGCGAAAAAACAUGCACAGAUGAAAUAUUAAAAGAGAUAAGUCAGUAUACAAAAUAUGGUUGGCCGGAGAAAAAAUUAUUAAAAUUAGAAAGUCAACAAUAUUUUAAAAGACGGGGAGAAUUGUCAAUAGAAAAUGAUUGUCUGGUUUUAGGUAAUCGUGUGGUUAUUCCAAAGUCAUUACGAGAGGUUGUAUUAGAGUUAGUACAUAAAAAUCACCCAGGUAUAGUACGAUCUAAAAUGCUCGCAAGGUCGUAUGUAUGGUGGCCUAAUAUUGAUCUAGAUAUAGAAAAAUUUAUUAAGACGUGUACAGAAUGUCAAUGUAAUCAAAACGAUAAGAGUACAAGAGAGAAAGUAUAUAUAUCUUGGGAAAACUCAUCUGAGUCUUGGAAAAGAAUACAUAUCGAUUUAUUAGAAAUAAAUCAAGUUAAAUUAAUUAUUAUUAUUGACAGCUUUAGUAAGUGGAUUGAAUGUUUUGCAUUGGGGAGUACCACGGUGACUAGAGUAAUUGAUGUAUUAGAUGAUUGUUUUAGUCAUUUUGGUUCACCAGAUAUUAUUGUAGCUGAUAAUGGUCUACCUUUUGGUGAAAAUGAAUUUAAAACAUUUUGUGAAAAAAAUUAUAUAAAAUUAGUGCAUUCACCUCCAUAUAAUCCGGAGUCGAAUGGGUUGGCAGAGCGUGGUGUACAAACAAUAAAAAAGUUGCUAAUAAAGAGUUUGUGUGUAGAGAGAGAUGUGAAGAGAAUUCAAUCAAAAAUUAAUAGCAUUUUGGUAUCUUAUCGUAAUACACCAACAACUAGUACAGGUUGUAGUCCAGCUGAAUUAAUAUAUAAAUUUAAACCAAAAAAUCACUUAUCCGUACUAAAACCACCGUGUAUUGUGGAAAGUAAUAAAAAUGAUAACGUCAUUAAAUAUGAAAUAAAUGAUAAAAUUCUUGUUCGAAAUAAUUCUAAAGGGCAAAAAUGGCGAGCAGGACGUAUUAUGAAAAGGCUAGGAACAUGUAGUUACUUGGUUCGGGUAAAUGAUAAAAUCAGAUUGAUGCACAUAAAUAAAUUAAAAAAGAGUUAUUUAAAUGAAAAUAUACAUCCAAAAGGAGUUUAA